UUGCUCCCUUCAAACCAGACACCCUGCCCUACCUGUCCUCCGGCCGGGCUCCGGCGCUCCAUCCCCAUCCUCGCCUUCUCCCUCGCUCCUAUAAAUCCAUCUCGAGUUGCACCGGCCGGUAGUCCACAAGCUCAGCAGGGUGGGUGCAGCUUGCAUGCGUGUCCUACCAUAGCCAUAGCUAGCUAGCACACCGGCCAGUAGGAAGACGACGAUCGACUAGCUAGCUAGCUAUAUACUUAGACAUCUUCCUUUGCUAGCCGGCGUACUAGUGUGACCGACAUGGCCGGAGCCGCCGCCGCCGCUGCUGCCAACGGAGGGACGACCGCGGCUGCUGCCGCCGCGACGGGCGCGGGGUCCCCGUGCGGCGCGUGCAAGUUCCUGCGCCGGCGGUGCGUGCCGGAGUGCGUAUUCGCGCCCUACUUCAGCAGCGACCAGGGCGCCGCGCGCUUCGCCGCCAUCCACAAGGUGUUCGGCGCCAGCAACGCAUCCAAGCUGCUGUCGCACCUCCCCGUCGCCGACCGCUGCGAGGCCGUCGUCACCAUCACCUACGAGGCGCAGGCCAGGCUACGCGACCCUGUCUACGGCUGCGUCGCCCAGAUCUUCGCCCUCCAGCAGCAGGCCGGUCGCCAUCCUGCAAGCGCAGCUGAUGCAGGCCAAGGCGCAGCUCGCGUGCGGCGUCCAAGGCGCCGCGCACUCGCCGGCGAGCCACCAGUGGCCCGACAGCGCCAGCAUCAGCGCCCUGCUCCGCCAGGACACGGCGUGCAGCGCCAGGAGACCCGGUCCCCUCGACGACUGCUUCAUGCCGGAGCUCAUGGCCGGGUUCAGGGACGACGUCGCCGCGGCCGCGCAGCAUUGUGCCGGCAAGGUGGAUGCCGGCGAGCUCCAGUACCUGGCCCAGGCCAUGAUGAGGAGCCCCAACUACUCCCUGUAGCUGCCUGCUAGAAUGAUAAGAGAGACCAUGCGUUUUGGAGCCAUGCUGUGCCAUCUCAUCUCUCCACUCCGCUAAUGCAAGUGCGAGAUGAGCUAGAAAUUCCUACCUACAAAAGGAAAUUAACAACUUGUACCAGCUAGUAGUGAUGAAGUACUCUCUCUUUUUUCUCUCUCUUUUGUUAUUACUACUAUAUAUCAUCAGUGUUCUGAUCUUAUAUAAUGGUGACGAGUAGUACUAGUAUAAAUCAUAUAUAGUGGUUGGUAGCAA